AUGAAUGACUGGAAUUUGGCGCACGAGCGUUUCGUCUCUAACUGGAAUGGAACGUCUCUGUUCGAAGUAUCAUCAGUAAUUUCUGUAGCUCCAGCAAGUGUUCUACUCUACAGAAGUUUUUUGACUGUAUGGGGUCCCUCUAAGGGGUAUACUUUCAUCGUUGAAUUCAUACUCAUCAUGUUACCCCUACUGUCAGCUAUGACAUUCGCUUCAGACUUCAGUCUCCAUCUCAUCAUCAUUCUCAUCAUACUCUCAGCAUUUCUACUCAAGCAGUCAUCUUGUAAUACAGACAAACACCCAUCGUCAUGGCAACUCAUCGAGUUUCCCGACAAACUUCCAUUCAUCAGUGGCUAUCGAGCGUAUAUCAACAUCUCAACUGCUGUUGCUAUUCUAGCCGUUGAUUUCAAUAUAUUUCCACGUCGGUUUGCUAAAACUGAAACGUACGGUGUCAGUGUGAUGGACGUUGGUGUCGGAGCAUACAUUGUUGCUAAUGGGAUCGUAUCCGUUGAGGCAAGACGACACCAUAAUUUACACGUGGUAAACCACGUGGUAGGAACAUGUUAUGGUAGUAUUGUGUUGAUUGCUCUUGGAAUCGCUCGAUUAAUCGUCGUGAAGGUGAGCAACUAUCACGAGCAUGUGAGCGAGUACGGACGGCAUUGGAAUUUUUUCUUCACUUUGGCUGUGGUGAAAUUCGUAUCGGCGAUUUUCGUUCCUCUUAUUCCUCGUUCUGUGCCGUUUUCUGCAGCUUUGAUGGGAGGUUUGAUCAUGGGUUUAUAUCAAUAUGGUUUGUCUGUGUGUGGAUUGAAGGAUUAUCUCUUGUUUGGUUUCCAUGGCAAUGGAUCACGGUCGAAUGUUGUUGAUGCGAACAGAGAGGGUUUGCUGUCGUGUGUUGGAUAUCUUGCUAUUUAUCUGUUUUCUGUUGAGUUGGGAAGAGUCGUGUUUCGGAGAAGGUGGGAGGGUGUGAUAAAAACUGUGAAAGAGUGGAUCUACUUCUGUCUUUCUCUACUUACAUUUGACAUUCUCUGCUGGUUUCUUCUUUCACUAGCAACUCAACAUGUCGAUGCUGUCUCAAGGAGAAUGGCAAACCUCACGUACGUUCUAUGGCAGGUUGCCUACAAUACAUUCGCUCUCAUCUGUUUUCUCUCUCUUGAUAUCUUAUUCCUUAUCAUUGAAUUCAACCAUAAAACGUCAACCUCUCUCCUAUCAUGCGGCGUCCUCAUCGAAGCAAUCGGUCAACACCAACUCGUCUAUUUCUUGUCUGCCAACCUUCUCACCGGUUUGAUCAAUAAGAUGAUCUUCACACUUGCUGCCAGUUCACUCGUCGCAUUCAUCAUCUUGUCUGUCUAUUUAAUCCUCCUUAGUCUUCUCGUAUUAGUGAUAAAACAGAAAGGAAUAACAACAAAAGUUUGGUGAAUUUUAUGAUUUAUUUUCUGUGAUUUAUAUUGUGGGUGUUGAUUGACAUGGAAGGCGGCGAAGCUUAGUAUCACAAUGUGAUGUUGGAUUGAUUUGUCGUCUGAUUGUAUUACUGGUAAACAAUGCGGUGGUUUAGUUGACAUCAUCUGAGUUGAGUUAAUGGUUGUGUGUGUGUGUGUGUGUGUGUGUGUGUGUGUGUGUGUGUGUGUGUUGUGUGUGCAUGUGUGUGUCUUUCUGUCCAUUUUGUCUGUCUAUCUGUCUGUCUGUUCAUCUGUUUGUAUGUCUGUCUGUCUGUCCGUCCGUCCUUCUGUCUGUUUGUCUGUCUGUCCAUCUGUCCAUCUUCCUGU